AUGCCUCCAAAUCGCCUAAACUUCCAGCAAUACAGGCAACCAUAUCCUCCUAAACAACAACAGGACCAAACUUCUAACUCAGGUAUGCCUUUAGAAGAUAUUGUUAAGUCUCUUGCCACUAACACUUUACAAUUUCAACAGGAGAUAAGGGCAAGCAUUAAAAGUUUGGAAAACCAGAUGGGUCAAAUGGUAACCUCAAUCAACAGGCUAGAAGCACAAGGUUCAGGAAAAUUACCCUCUCAAACAAUGGUCAAUCCAAAGAAAAAUGUAAGUGCAAUAUUGUUGAGGAGUGGUAAGAAUGUUGAAAUUCCAAGGGCAACCCCUUCAUCAUUGGAGCAGGAAAAGAAGAAAGAUGCCACUAAAGAAAAGAUUGUUCCCAAUGACGAUGGUGCACUUAAGCAUGCUAUUAAACAAGUACCUCGUUAUGCUAAGUUCUUGAAGGAAUUGUGUACCAUUAAAAGAAAACAGAAACUUAAAAGGUGUGAAAAGAUAAACGUAGGUGAAAAUGUCUCUACAAUUAUUCAACAAACACUCCAUACAAAGUGCAAAGAUCCAAGCAUGUUUACCAUCCCUUGUAUGAUAGGUAACACUAGGUUUGAAAAUGCUAUGUUAGACUCCGGAGCUUCUAUUAAUGUCAUGCUAUACUCUAUAUACACUUCUUUAAAACUUGGAUCUUUGAAUGAAACUGGCAUGGUAAUUCAAUUAGUUGAUAAAUCUAAUGCCUAUUCUAAGGGUGUAGUUGAGGAUGUUCUCGUGAAAAUUAAUGAUUUGGUGCUUACCCCUGACUUUUAUGUGCUUGAUAUGGGAUAUAGUGAUCAAACUACCCUUAUUUCUCUAGGAAGACCAUUUUAA